AAUACAUGGAGUACUAAAAAAAAAAAAAAUCUCUUUAAACCUAUCAACAAAACAAAGAAAAAAUAUAUCCUUGUCUCCUGUGGCUAUAAAUUCUACUCGUUACCUACCUUCUAAAAGCUUCCUUUUUCUCUUCAGAAACACACAAUCCUCUUUCACACUAGCCCAACAUAAACGUAUUACUUAAAAAACUAAUCCCCAAAAAAAAAAAAAAAAAAAAAUGGGAAUAGUAGAAGAAGCUCAUAAUGUAAAAGUAGUAGGUUCUGGUACAAACGUAAUAGUAUUAGGACAUGGGUUUGGAACAGACCAAUCAGUUUGGAAACAUUUGGUACCUCAUUUAGUUGAUGAUUAUAAGGUUGUUUUGUAUGAUAAUAUGGGAGCUGGAACUACUAAUCCUGAUUACUUUGAUUUUGAGAGGUACUCUACUUUGGAAGGUUAUGCUUAUGAUUUGUUGGCUAUUUUGGAGGAUUUCAAGUUAUCUUCUUGUAUUUUUGUUGGUCAUUCCGUUUCUGCUAUUGUUGGUGCCAUUGCUUCCAUUAUGCGUCCCGAUCUUUUCUCUAAGCUCCUUUUAAUCUCCGCUUCUCCGAGGUACUUGAACGAUGUUGACUACUAUGGAGGGUUCGAGCAAGAAGAUCUAGACCAACUAUUUGAGGCAAUGCAGUCCAACUACAAGGCUUGGUGCUCGGGUUUUGCCCCAUUGGCAGUGGGUGGGGAUAUGGACUCAGUAACUGUCCAAGAGUUCAGCAGGACUUUAUUCAACAUGAGGCCUGACAUCGCCCUUAGCGUGGCUCAAACCAUUUUUCAAAGCGACUUUAGGCAAUUGCUCUGUCAUGUGACUAUUCCUUGCCAAAUUAUUCAGAGUAUCAAGGACUUGGCUGUUCCAGUGGUUGUGUCUGAGUAUCUCCAUCAGAACCUUGGAGGAGAUUCUAUCGUCGAGGUCAUGUCAUCGGAAGGCCAUCUUCCUCAGUUGAGCUCCCCUGACAGUGUGAUACCAGUGCUCUUACGACACAUUCGCCAUGACAUAGUUGUCUAGUCUAAAAAAAAGGUAGUAUUGAGCUUUGUUUAGUUCCUGUUCUUGUGUGUUUAACGUGAUUAGGAAAAAAUAACUAAUAGUAGCAUGUUUGAUUUUCAUGCAAGUGUAUCAUAUAUUAUGGGAGGCAUACAUAUUGUGCAUAAGAUUGUAGCAGUACUUGUUUCAAUGAUUUGAAAUUAAAAUAGGUACUGUAUUAUGUUUUGAUGA